CAUUCACCUCUCCUUACUGCUGGGCGUUAUCUUUCUGCCACGCCGUCUUGGAUCCCUCCCACACUCAUUGGCUGCUCCCACCUUCCGCCCAUUGCACGACUGCAACGACUUCCUCCGCCCCUCGGCCAUGCGCGCCUCCUCCUCCUAUCCCCGAUAUCGAGGAGAUUCCACACCCGUCUCCACCGCAUCGCGGUAGUUCAAGCAUGAAAACACCCUCCCCCCAAUAGCCACCUCUGAGCGACAGCGCUGGCCGGCCGCCUCGUGCGCGCCACAAUACCCUCCACCAUGUCGAGUCUCAAUACCCUGCACCCCCGAGGCCUCUUCGACCAACCUCCGCCUCCGCCGCAGAGUCGAGCAACGCGCAAUCCCACCCUGCUCUUCAGCUGGUGGUGCACCAUAUUCUCCGCCGUCAUCAUCAUCAUCCGCCUGUGCGGGCGCAAGACGCGCAGCAAUCGCCUCUUCCGCGAAGACUGGAUCAUGAUGGCCAGCCUCGUGCCGCUCUUCAUCCGCAUGGCCUUCAUCCACGUCGUCCUCCUCUGGGGAACAAACAAUGUGCAGACGGUCGGCAUACACUACACUCCCGAAGACAUUGCGCACCGUGAGAUUGGCGCGCGCCUCGUGCUCGCCGCGCGCAUCUUCUACGCCGCCUUCAUUUGGACGUGCAAGCUUACCAUCUCCGAAUUCCUCAAGCGCAUCACCAUUCGCAUCUGGCGCAAGUCAUAUGAGUGGAUGCUGCGCGGCAUCCGCGUCUUCCUCGGCAUCACCUUCUGCCUCGUUGUUAUUGAGACCCUGAGCGAGUGCCAGCCCUUCGACCACUACUGGCAAGUCAUCCCCGAUCCCGGCGCGAAGUGCCGCACAGGUUAUGCGAACCUCAUCACCAUGGGCACGUGUGAUAUGAUCACCGACAUCCUGCUCGUUGCCUUCCCAAUCCCCAUCAUUGUCCGCUCCGGCCAGACGUGGAGGAGGAAGCUGCAGUUGAGCUCGCUGUUCAGCCUGUCCAUCAUUCUCAUCGCCAUCACUGCCGCGAGAGUGCCGCUGGUCAUUGAGCACCUUGGCAGACAGCAAUACCGCACCGUCUGGGCCUCCUGUGAGAUUAUCGCGGCGACGGGUGUGGCGAAUGCUGUCAUCAUUGGCUCCUUUCUCCGCGACAAAGGCACCAAGAAGAACAAGUACCGCUCCAACAGCGUCUCGGACAGUCUGGAGCGCACUUCCACUCGCCGACCUACUCUCGCCCAGCUGCAUGACACAGGCAGUGAGGAGAACCUGUUUCGCUUCCUCGGGAUCCGCAUGCCCGACCACCUGCAAGAAGAGGCGGAAGAUGGGCCCCGAUUAGCCCCACCCGCUCUCCCAGCAACCUCUACGCCGAUGCGCACGCUCAACAGAACUCAAGAAGCACGAGAGAACAACCACAGCAGCGACUCCGACGACUCUCUGAACAAAUCUCACGCAUACCAGCCCGUUGCGGCAGCCACUCCCAUCUCUCCGUCCACACAGACUGCCAACUUCUUUGAUGUCGGCGGCUUGCUGGAAGACAAUCCCCGCUCAAACUCACGCACCCGACAUAUUCCCUCCACUCUUUCCGCCCACAACAACAACACCACAACCCAAGACUUUGCCACCCCAUCUCCAGGGCAAAGCAGACGCGGUUCCCACGCCUUCCUGCAAGACGUAGGCGGCCUCACAACGCCGAGCACAGGGAGUCGCAGCACCAACGGCUCUUCCAAUCACCACUUCUCCCGCCCCCAUCGCCCAUCAGCCCCAGCAGGCGUCCUAGGCCCUAUGCUCGAGCGCCGCGAAACGCAGCAAAGCCUGCAGGACGCCGGGGGGCUCCUGCUCUCCGACGACGACCUCAUCACGCAAGAAGCUCCCUCUUCCUCCUCAUCCAGCAAUAACAACUUCCACACCAGUGGGGGCAGGGAUAACAACCAUACCACCUCCCUCAUUCGUGCCCUCUCCGAUGGCCCACCGGCUGAUUAUCGUCCGCCUCGUCAUCAAGCCGCAAGGCCGACCAGACAGCGCCAAUCGCCCACCAUAGCGGACGUAGGCGACUUGCUGUCCGGCUCGCAUGAACCCGAUGCCAGCGCGGCGGCGUUGGAGAGGCGCUUGGCUGGUGCUGAGGGAAGGAGGACAGAGGUGCCGCGGAUACCGCCGCCUCCGCCGUCGUCGGCACAGCCGGGCUCGGGUGAGGACGGACAGGCGGGAUGGGAGGGGUUGAGUCUUGGUGAUGCAGGCGGCUUGUUGGGUAGGUGAGGAGGACUACUGUACAGGUGUAAUGGUGAUUAAGGGAAUGAUGAUAUUGAGCGUGGUGCUUGGGCGUUUUGUUCUACUUUGUGGGUGUACAUGGCACCAAAGGGAUGGACACUUUUGCCCCUUGCGGAGACGGAAUUUGCAUUCCCCAGUGGGGAGUGGAAAGCGGAUUGGGUUUCGUUUUUGGAGGUUGAUACCCUGGGACCCGGCACGCUGUCUGUCGGUGUUUCCCGUUUCGUUUCGCGGAUUAUCAAAAUGGAAUGGAGGAUGU